GCCUUGUUUAGAGGUCUCGACGUUUUGACUUCCUGGUUCCAACGCCUUUCGAUACCCAAAAGCCCUUUUACUCGCGGUCUAACGACGCCCUACACGCUCCUUUCCACCCCUUCUUCUUCGCCUUCGCCCACCAUGACCAAAAAUCGAAAAUCGUUCUACGCCCUGCUCGGUAUACCGCCAAAGCACAAGUUGGAUGAGAAGAGCGACUGGGCUUCAAGGACGUUCGACCCUGAACACAAAUACGUCACGUCGCCCAUAUUCCGGAACCCGUUCAUCUUUGGAGGACUACGAAUUAUCGUCGCGCUCUACAUCCUGAUCACGACUAUCAUAUUCUUGGAGGAGUAUGUUAGCCAGGGGAAUGGCGAUAGCUACCUCUCGUACUUUACCAACCUCACCUACAUCGGUCUGUGCGCCUACUUCUUCGCCUCAGGAGUUCAGACGAUAUGCUACGCGCUGCGAUGGAGACGGAAUGGGGCGGGCGCGGGGUACCCCCUCCAGCAAUCGUGGCCUCGCUUCCUACAAGCGCUGCAUGUCAUCCUCUACUCGACGGUCAUCACCUUUCCGUUCAUCGUGACGAUUGUGUAUUGGGCGUUGUUGGGAGGACCGCAUGUGUGGGAGACGACUUGGAGCUCCUGGAACGCCGUCUCAGUGCACAUCCUCAACGCCUUCUUCGCCGCUUGCGAGCUGGUGUUCACGAAUAGCCCGCCUGUCCCGUGGAUCACCCUCCCGGUUACGAUAUUGCUGUUGGGCUCGUAUUUGGGUGUUGCGUAUAUCACGUAUGAGACGCAGGGGUUUUAUACCUACUCCUUCCUCGACCCCUCCGAAGACGGCUCCGGCAAGCUCCUCCCAGCGUAUGUCAUCGGUAUCGCAGUCGGCCAAUGUAUCCUCUUCACGGUCGUACACUUUAUCGCCGUCCUACGACAGAAACUUGCUGCGAAGUAUAAGCGCGUUAUCGUGCUCGAUGAGUCGAGGAAGGCGAAACGGAGGAAGGGCAAGGCUAGAGGUGGGAAGGCUAAGGCGAAGGAUGCCGAGGAGGGGGAGGAGAGAGAGGGAUUGGGUGAGCCGGAAGGACUUGGUGAGGAUGUGGGAGGUGUGGAUGGGGAAGGGAGGCGUUCGAAGGAGGAAGAGGAUGACGAUGAUGCCUAUAUUGAUAUUGAUGAGAAUGAGUGGGAGCCGGUUCAGCAUCCGAAUAGUAGUCGACCGGAGAUGGCUGAAAGGGAGAGGGAUUUGGAGAGGGGAGAAGGUGCGGGUGUGAGGACGAGUGCGGGAAGUUCGUCGUCGCCGAGGAAGACGACGUCGAGGAGUUGA